CCGUGAAACGUUGGUAGCGGAUAACAACAAAAACAACAACAACAACAACAACAGGGUGUUUACAGUCUCACCGACGACGACAGGAUCAAGUUUGACCGACGUAUCGGAAGCCAAAUGGCUGGUGGUAAUUUACAGCAGGUGGUUGUGAAGCUGUGGACUCUGCUAUGAAUCAGGCUGAGGACCCAGAGGACGGUGUCCGUCCCUCUGAAGCUCCUCUGUGUGGGGAACAUGACGGCCAGACCAAAGCUCAGAGGAACCAUCAGAGGCCUGGGCCUGGAUCUGAUCCUGAACCUGGUCUACGAUCUGUACAUGAACCCAGCUGUGUGUCCCUGAAGAGUAACCGGUCUAUGAAUCAACCUCUAGUCUUCAAAGAUGUUGGUCCCUCUGUUGAUGCAAGUUCACAUCAGCAGAGAGGAAAGUCUCCUGAACCCAGAUAUUUGUCCAUGAAGAGUAACCAGUCUAUGAUACAACCUAUAGUCUUCAAAGAUGGACCCUUUUCUUAUAAAGAGGACCAGGAGAGCUCAGAGGUUCCCUCAGGUCCGUCUGCCCAGCAGCAUCAAACACACCUGGACUCCAUCUUCAUGCUGCUGGAGGAGAACAUCCUCACUUUUGUCAAGAACGAGCUGAAGAAGAUCCAGAAGGUUGUGAGUUCAGAUUACCCAGAAUGCUUAGAGAAAGAGGAUGAGGAGGUGCUGGAUGAAGAGCAGAGGAGGAGCAGAGAGGCAUUUGUGAAGAUCUCAGUGCACUUCCUGAGGAGAAUGAAGCAGGAGGAGCUGGCUGAGCGUCUGCAGAGCAGACUUCUUCCUGCAGAUUGUCAGCGUGAACUCAAAUCCAACCUGAAGAAGAAGUUCCAGUGUGUGUUUGAGGGGAUCGCUAAAGCAGGAAACCCAACCCUUCUGAAUGAGAUCUACACAGAGCUCUACAUCACAGAGGGAGGGACUGCAGAGGUCAAUCAAGAACAUGAGGUCAGACAGAUUGAAACCGCAUCCAGGAAACCAGCUAGACCAGAAACACCCAUCAGACGAGAAGACCUCUUUGAAGCCUCAGCUGGAGGAGAGGAACCAAUCAGAACAGUGAUGACUAAGGGAGGGGCUGGCAUUGGGAAAACAGUCUUGACACAGAAGUUCACUCUAGACUGGGCUGAAGACAAAGACCACCAGGACAUACAGUUCAUAUUUCCAUUCACCUUCAGAGAGCUGAAUGUGCUGAGAGAGAAGAAGUUCAGCUUGGUGGGACUUGUUCAUCACUUCUUCAGUGAAACCAGAGCAGCAGGAAUCUGCAGGUUUGAAGAGUUCCAGGUUGUGUUCAUCUUUGACGGUCUGGAUGAGUGUCGACUUCCUCUGGACUUCCACAACAAUGAGAUCCUGACUGAUGUCACAGAGAUCUCCUCAGUGGAUGUGCUCCUCACAAACCUCAUCAGGGGGAACCUGCUUCCCUCUGCUCGCCUCUGGAUCACCACACGACCUGCAGCAGCCAAUCAGAUCCCACCUGAGUGCGUUGGCAUGGUGACAGAGGUCAGAGGGUUCACCGACCCCCAGAAGAAGGAGUACUUCAGGAAGAGGUUCACAGAUAAGAAGCAGGCCAGUAGGAUCAUCUCUCAUAUCAAGACCUCACGAAGCCUCCACAUCAUGUGCCACAUCCCAGUCUUCUGCUGGAUCACUGCUACAGUUCUGGAGGAGGUGUUGAAGACCAGAGAGGGAGGAGAGCUGCCCAAGACCCUGACUGCGAUGUACAUCCACUUCCUGGUGGUUCAGUCCAAAGUGAAGAAGGUCAAGUACGAUGGAGGAGCUGAGAGGGAUCCACACUGGAGUCCAGAGAGCAGGAAGAUGAUCGAGUCUCUGGGAAAACUGGCCUUUGAUCAGCUGCAGAAAGGCAACCUGAUCUUCUAUGAAUCGGACCUGACAGAGUGUGGCAUCGAUAUCAGAGCAGCCUCAGUGUACUCAGGAGUGUUCACUCAGAUCUUCAGAGAGGAGAGAGGACUGUACCAGGACACGGUCUUCUGCUUCGUCCAUCUGAGUGUUCAGGAGUUUCUGGCUGCUCUUCAUGUCCAUCUGACCUUCUUCAGCUCUGGUGUCAAUCUGCUGUCAGAAGAACAAACAACCUCCCUGGAGUCUAAAGGCUUUAAACCCAAUCCUAAACCAAAGCGUCUCUACCAGAGUGCUGUGGUCAAGGCCUUACAGAGUCCUAAUGGACACCUGGACUUGUUCCUCCGCUUCCUCCUGGGUCUUUCCCUAGAGACCAAUCAGAGUCUCCUACGAGGUCUGCUGACACAGACAGGAAGUCGCUCACAGACCAAUCAGGAGACAGUCCAGUACAUCAAGGAGAAGAUCAGUAAGAAUGUGUCUCCAGAGAAAAGCAUCAAUCUGUUCCACUGUCUGAAUGAACUGAAUGAUGGUUCUCUAGUGGAGGAGAUCCAACGGUUCCUUAAAUCAGGACGUCUCUCCUCAGAGAAACUGUCUCCCGCUCAGUGGUCAGCUCUGGUCUUCAUCUUACUGUCACCACAAGAAGAUCUGGAGGUGUUUGACCUGAAGAAAUACUCUGCGUCAGAGGAGGCUCUUCUGAGGCUGCUGCCGGUGGUCAAAGCCUCCAACAAAGUUCUACUGAGUGGCUGUAACCUCUCAGAGAGAAGCUGUGAAGCUCUGUCCUCAGUCCUCAGCUCCCAGUCCUCUAGUCUGAGGGAGCUGGAUCUGAGUAACAACCACCUGCAGGAUUCAGGAGUGAAGCUGCUGUCUGUUGGACUGGAGAGUCCACACUGUCACCUGGAGACUCUCAGCCUGUCAGGCUGUCUGAUCACAGAGGAAGGCUGUGCUUCUCUGGUCUCGGCUCUGCGCUCCAACCCCUCCCACCUGAGAGAGCUGGACCUGAGCUACAAUCAUCCAGGAGACUCGGGGGUGAAGCUGCUGUCUGCUGGACUGGAUGAUCCUCAGUGGAGACUGGAGACUCUCAGGGUGGAGCCUAAUGGAGUCCGAUGGUUGAGACCAGGUCUGAGGAAGUAUUCCUGUGAACUCACAAUCGACACAAACACAGUAAACAAACACCUCAAACUGUCUGACAACAACAGGACGGUCACAUGUGUGAUGGAGGAUCAGUCACAUCCUGAUCAUCCAGACAGAUUUGACUUCUGGCCUCAGCUACUGUGUAGAACUGGUCUGACUGGUCGCUGUUACUGGGAGGUCGAGUGGAGAGAAAGAGUUCAUGUAUCAGUGAGUUACAGAGGAAUCGGGAGGAAAGGAGACAGUAGAAACUGUUGGUUUGGAUACAAUGAUCAGUCCUGGAGACUGAGAUGUUCUGAUAAAGGUUACUCUGUCCGUCACAAUAAGACCGUAACACACAUCUCCUCCUCCUCCUCCUCCUCCUCUGGUAGAGUAGCAGUGUAUGUGGACUGUCCUGCUGGCUCUCUGUCCUUCUACAGAGUCUCCUCUGACACACUGAUCCACCUCCACACCUUCAGCACCACAUUCACUGAACCUCUUUAUCCUGGGUUCAGCUUCUUGGAUGGGUCCAGGUCUGGUGACUCAGUGUCUCUGUGUUCUCUGGAGGAGUGAGAGUCUCCUCCUGGUGGAGAACCUUCCUCUCUGUCACACAGCUGAUGUAGGUUCAUGUGGGUGUAGAUGCAGGUGGAGCAGGUGAGGGGUACCUGAGCUGGUGUGGACUCUGGGGGGUCCACAGCUCUCUGGGACUUGUGGUCUGAAGGAGCUCAGCGAGGUGUGUUUUAAUGUUGUGAGCUCGUUGCCUCUGUGGAUCAGUAGAUCAUCAUUUUAGGUGUUGGGUCCUAAUCAGAGUUUAAUCUUAAUCCUUAUGUGUCGCAAUGUUCAAGGAGACGUUCUGUAAGUUGAGACUUAUCUUAAACUGCUGGCUAAGGAUAAAGGUAAAUACAGUAAGAUUGUAAUGCAUGUCGGCGGUAAUGACUCCCGAUUACGCUGCUCGGAGGUCACUAAAGUUAAUGUGGA